AUGAACGGAUUCUCGAGCUCACUGCUGCCCGUCUGUAUGUUCCACAGACUCUCGAUUCGGUUCUAUGAAAGAGCAGUCAUCUUGUCGGUAGCGCUAAACUUGGGGCUCUCUCGAGAUACUAUAUCAUCCUCGAUUCUAAUGUCAAAUGUGAAUGAGAUCGACAACCCAAGCACCGUCAGCGGAAAGAGGUCGCAUGGUGAUCAGCGAGUACGACAUGACAGCUUACAAGGUGAUGUAUGUGCAGGGCGCAAACGAGGAGGCGCGGGAAUGAAUGGAACCAGCAUGGCGGGUCACCGGUGCGGCCGGGGAUACUCCAGCACCUACUAUCGAGAGCUAUUCCAAUUGACGGCCAAGGUAGAUGAAUGUUUGAAUUCCACCUGA